AUGUUUCCAGUCCUAAAGAUUAGUGUCACAGGGUUGGACCCCAAUGCCAUGUACUCCCUCCUGCUGGACUUUGUCCCUACGGACAGUCACCGCUGGAAGUACGUCAACGGGGAAUGGGUGCCCGCUGGCAAGCCAGAGGUCUCCAGCCACAGCUGCGUCUACAUUCACCCGGACUCCCCCAACUUUGGGGCCCACUGGAUGAAAGCUCCCAUCUCCUUCAGCAAAGUGAAGCUGACCAACAAGCUCAAUGGAGGCGGGCAGAUAAUGUUGAAUUCUCUGCAUAAAUAUGAACCACAGGUUCACAUAGUGCGUGUUGGAAGUGCCCAUCGAAUGGUAACAAACUGCUCCUUCCCUGAAACCCAGUUCAUAGCCGUGACUGCCUAUCAGAAUGAGGAGAUAACAGCUCUCAAAAUCAAGUACAAUCCUUUUGCCAAAGCCUUCUUGGAUGCCAAGGAAAGAAAUCACCUAAGAGACGUACCGGAGGCUAUCUCUGAGAGCCAGCAUGUGACCUAUUCUCACUUGAAUUUGAUAGAAAGCUCAAGCAAUAAUCUGCAAGUUUUCUCGGGACCUGACAGCUGGACUUCCUUAUCCUCCACACCCCACGCCAGCAUCCUGUCUGUACCCCACACCAAUGGACCAAUCAAUCCAGGGCCCAGCCCCUACCCGUGCCUGUGGACCAUCAGCAAUGGUGCCGGAGGCCCCAGUGGGCCAGGCCCGGAGGUGCACGCCAGCACCCCAGGAGCAUUUCUCCUUGGAAACCCAGCCGUGACUUCACCCCCUUCUGUGCUCUCCACCCAAGCACCCACUUCGGCUGGUGUGGAGGUUCUGGGGGAGCCCUCGCUAACCAGCAUUGCUGUGUCCACCUGGACAGCAGUGGCCUCGCAUCCCUUCGCGGGCUGGGGUGGCCCAGGAGCGGGUGGGCACCAUUCUCCUUCGUCACUGGAUGGUUAAGCAGGAUCCUAGGAGCCUCUGUGCACAGAGAUCCUUCCAUGUGUAGAGUGCUUAGAAACCCCAUCAACUGAUCUAGUGAGUCAGACUGUGGAAUCUCCCUUCCCACUAGCUGGAGGUGGAGCUUAUUCUUGCCAUGCUUAGGUGACAGAAGUUUGUUAAGUACCGUCCUUGUGCCCUGCCUCUUAUUCUCAAAUCGUUCUGGAAAGCCUCACUUCCUUUUCUGUGGAGAAGGUGCAAAGCUGUUAAAUGAGCUCAGAGUUUACCUAGCUAAGGCCACUGCUUCCUGCUUUGUGCAGCCUGGAAAGUAUGUGUGGCCACAGGGCUCAGGUUCACACUUCUGCUUUGAGACCAGGAUGGGGUGUAAGCCAUAGAGUAAGGUUAACAAAAAGAAUAAAGCUAAUCAUGUAUUACAAACAGCAGUGUGCCCAGACUUGUGGAAAUGAAGUCAUGUCACUCCUCUGCUCAGAAACCUUCAAUGGUUCACCAUUACCAAUGGAAUGAAGUCAAUUCUCCUCACUGUAACUGGGUGUGGUAGUUUAAGCCUAUAAUCUCAGCCCUUUUGGAGGCCAAGGUAAGAGGAUCGCUUGAGGUCAGGAGUUCGAGACCAGCUUGUGCAACAAAGUGAGAGCCUGUCUCUACAAAAAAUACUCAUGCACACAAAAUUAGCUGGGCAUGGUGGCAUGUGCCUAUAGUCCCAACUACUUAGAGGAGGAUCGCUUGAUCUCAGGAGGUUGAGGCUGCAGUGAAUUAUGAUUGUGGCAUUGCACUCCAGCCUGGGUGGUAGAUCAAGACUUUGUUUCAUUUGAAAAAGAAAGAAAGAAAGAAAGAAAUCCUACUAUGAGUGAUCACACCAUCUGGCCUGAAACCGCUUCCCCAGCUUAGGUCCCUCUGUUAUCCUGUUGGCCUCCUAUGUAUUGGUCAAGGCAGGCAUCUCUGUUCUCUGAACAUUCAUUGCACUUUCCCACCUCUAUACCUUGCCUGUGCCUUAGUGUCCUCUUUUUUCCAGUUCACCUGUGCGAAUCCGACCCACCUCCCAGAGCCUGGCUGAAACGUCACUCCCUGCAUCCAACAUCUGAUCUGCUGAGAUAUGUCUGAUCUAUCUCUGCUCGCUGUUCUCCCAUUGUUUUUGCCUCUGCCAUAGAGCUCACCUCAUUUUGCCUUGUAUUUUUGUUACCUGUGAGUGUGUCUCUCCCUAUUAGACUGUAAGCCUCUCGAGGGUGAGGCCUAGCCUUCUUGUCUUUGUAACCCACAGCAGCUGGUACUGUGCCUUGCCUAUUGUAG